AUGGCCUUCUUUCUGUUGGCCUUGUCUGCCUUUACCCAGUUCGUUCCUCAGGAAGCGUUCCAUUUCUCCAGGGAAAGCACAGAUGACCUCAAAGCUCUGAAGGUCUCGAUUGCCAAGUACCCUCCAGUCCGAGCCAUGCUUGCUGGUAGCCUCACCAUCCCCUGCCAUGUUACCUACCUGCGUCCGCUGCCCAUGUCUGGAACCUCUGGCCGUCUUGCUGUCCAGGGAGCACCCCGUGUGAAAUGGACCUUCCUUACUGAGGGCAAAGAAGUGGAGAUUCUGGUAGCUCAGGGCCAGAAGGUAAAGGUGAACGAAGGCUACCACGACCGGGUCUCCCUCCCCUUUUAUCCUGACUCACCAACAGAUGCCACCUUGGUCCUGAAUGAACUGAGGUCCAAUGACUCCGGGAUCUACCGCUGUGAUGUUCAGCAUGGGAUUGAAGAUGGGCAUGAUCUGCUGGAGGUGAAGGUAAAAGGAGUCGUAUUUCUUUACCGAGAAGGCUCAGCCCGCUAUGCUUACACCUUUGCCAAGGCCCAGGAGUCUUGUGCCAGGAUAGACGCUGAGAUUGCCACGCCGGAGCAACUGUACGCAGCCUACCUCAGCGGCUACGAGCAGUGUGAUGCCGGCUGGAUUGCUGAUCAGACAGUCAGGUAG